AUGUUGAUGAUGCAAAACUCUGGCAUGGAUCACAACAUUACUUUUCUCACGGACUCUCCAGAUCUGACUCUAUGUUUCCAGAAAACCAUCCUGUCUUGGAUUCCAAGUAUUUAUCUGUUGCUGAUCUUCCCCCUGUACUUCCUGUAUCUCCGACAGAACAGCAGAGGUUACAUCAGAGUCACCCAACUCAACAGGGUCAAAACGGUCCUGGGGGUUGUGCUGUGGAUUGUCUGCUGGUUGGAUCUCUUCUAUUCCCUCCAUCAGAUGAUCAACAAAAUGGGAUGGAUUGCAGCCGAUUUCAUCAGCCCUGUGCUCCUGGGAAUCAGCAUGUUGGUGGCGACAUUACUGAUCCAGUGUGAGAGGCUGCGUGGAGUCCAGUCGUCGGCCGUUCUAUUCUUCUUCUGGCUCCUCUCCCUGCUCUGUGCCGUGGUGCCAUUCCGCUCAAAAAUCCUGGCAGCACUGAGAGAGCAUCAAGUGUCUGAUGUCUUUCGAUUUACCACCUUCUACAUUUAUUUUGCACUUGUUCUGGUUCAGUUCUGCCUCUGCUGUUUACGUGAGCCUCCUCCAUACUUUACCAGCGUGUCGAAAGAUGUGAAUCCAAGCCCGGAAUUCAACGCUGGCUUUCUUUCCCGCCUGACCUUCUGGUGGUUUACCAGAAUGGCAAUCCAGGGCUACAAACGGCCGCUUGUUGAGAAGGAUCUGUGGGCACUGAACAAUGACGACAGGUCAGAUAUCAUUGUGCCAAAGCUGUUGAAAGAAUGGGAGAAAGAGAAGAUGAAAGCACAGAGGAAGCAGGAGGUGUUCUUCAACCAGUGCUCUCCAGUGAUAAACAACGUCAACUGUGAGAACCACGAAGCAGAGGUCCUCUUCCCCAAACAGGUGCCGCAGAAGAAGCCGUCCUUCCUCGUAGCUCUCUGCAAGACCUUUGCUCCUUACUUCCUCAUGGGAUCAGCGCUGAAGCUGUGCCAAGACUUGUUGUCCUUUGUCAAUCCACAGCUUCUCAACAUGUUGAUAUCGUUCAUUAAUGACUCGACAUCCAGGAUUUGGUGGGGCUACGCGAUCUCCAUCCUGAUGUUCCUCUCAGCAGCUCUGCAGACCCUCCUUCUCCAUCAGCACUUCCACUAUUGCUUUGUGACGGGCAUGCGCCUGCGCACAGCCAUCAUUGGAGCCAUUUACCGCAAGUCUUUGAUCAUCACAAACUCUGCAAAGCGAUCGUCCACUGUCGGGGAGAUUGUCAACCUAAUGUCUGUGGAUGCCCAGAGAUUCAUGGACCUGACUGGCUUCCUCAACAUGCUGUGGUCUGCACCUCUCCAGAUCUGCCUGGCUCUCUACUUCCUGUGGCAGUAUCUCGGUCCUUCGGUGCUGGCUGGUGUUGCCGUGAUGAUUCUCCUCAUUCCUUUCAAUGCCAUGAUAGCCAUGAAGUGCAGGAGCUUUCAGGUUGAACAGAUGAAGUACAAAGACUCGCGGAUCAAGAUGAUGAACGAGAUCUUGAAUGGUAUCAAGGUGCUGAAACUGUAUGCCUGGGAGGAGUCUUUCGCGCAGAAGGUCCUGGCCAUUCGCUCAAAGGAGCUAAACAUCCUGAAAAAGGCAGCCUGUCUCAAUGCCCUUUCCACCUUCACCUGGACCACAGCCCCCUUUAUCGUUGCCAUGACAACCUUUGCGGUGUACGUGUACGUGGAUGAGAAUAAUGUGUUGGAUGCGCAGAGAGCCUUUGUCUCCCUCUCACUCUUCAAUAUCCUGCGGUUUCCACUCAACAUGCUGCCUCAGGUCAUCAGCAGUGUUGUUCAGGCCACGGUUUCACUGACACGGUUACAGAACUUCCUAAGCCAUGAUGAGCUGGACUCUACAAGUGUUGAAAGGCAGAAGACUGCGACAGGGCAUGCGAUCACUGUGCUCAAUGGGACUUUCAGUUGGGGGAAAAUGGACCCAGUUGUUCUGGAGAGGAUCAACCUGAUCAUCCCGCAAGGCUCUCUGGUGGCCGUGGUUGGACACGUCGGCUGUGGCAAGUCAUCCCUCAUCUCCGCCCUUCUGGGGGAGAUGGAGAAGAUGGAGGGCAAAGUGGCAAUCCAGGGAUCCGUGGCUUACGUGCCCCAGCAAGCCUGGAUUCGGAACGCCACGCUGAAGGACAACAUUAUUUUUGGAGAGCCCAUCAGCGAGCAGAGGUACCUGCAGGUUCUGCUGGGUUGCGCACUGGUACCAGACCUGAGCAUGCUGCCGGGCGGAGACCAGACUGAGAUCGGAGAGAAGGGAAUUAACCUGUCGGGAGGGCAGAAGCAGCGGGUCAGCCUGGCACGAGCGGUCUACAGCGACAUGGACAUCUACCUCCUGGACGACCCCUUGUCCGCGGUGGAUGCCCACGUAGCCAAACACAUCUUUGACAAAGUCAUCGGCCCAGAGGGAUCACUGAAGGGCAAGACCCGUGUUCUGGUCACGCACGGCAUCAGCUUCCUGCCACAGGUGGAUCAGAUCGUGGUGCUGGUGAACGGCAAGGUGACUGAGCUGGGCUCGUACCAGGAGCUGCAGGAGCAGAACGGGGCGUUUGCAGAGUUCCUGCGCACCUACGCUCAGUGGGACGAGGUGGAGGAAGAAGAGCCGACAGUGGCAGACGGAGAAGAAGAGUUCCUCGCUGAGGAUUCCAUGAGUAACCACAUCGACCUGAGCGACCACGAGCUCUCUGCUACCGAGGCACGGCUACAAUUCAUAAGACAAUUGAGCGUGCUGUCGUCUGACGGAGAGGCGACGACACGCAAGUCCACCAGGAAGCGGCUGAGUCAGAAGAAGAAGGAGGGUGAGGCUCCCCCCAUCAAAGGGGCCAGUCCACAGAUGCUGAUCCAGGCAGAGACGUCAGAGACGGGCAGGGUGAAGCUGGCGGUGUUCUGGCAGUACCUGAAGGCAGUGGGCCCCUGCACCUCGGUGAUGAUCUGCCUGCUCUACUGCUGCCAGAACGCAGCCGCCAUCGGUGCCAACUUCUGGCUCAGCGAGUGGACCAACGACGCGCUCAGCAACAAGACACAGCAAAUCAGCAUGCGGGUGGGGGUGUAUGCUGCACUUGGCCUCACCCAAGGGGUGCUAGUCAUGAUAUCCUCUCUCACUCUGAUGCUGGGCGGGUUGGGCGCUGCCCGGCAGCUCCACGCCCGGCUGCUGGUGAACAAGUUGCACACCCCACAGGCAUUCUAUGACACCACCCCCAUCGGACGCAUCAUCAACCGCUUCGGCAAGGACAUUAACGUGAUUGACGAAGUCAUCCCACUGACAUUCCAGAUGUUCCUCGCCACCUUCUUCAUCUCCCUGUCCACCAUGAUAGUCAUCAUGGUCAGCACACCCUGGUUCAUUCUGGUCAUUCUGCCACUCGCCAUGCUCUACGUACUUGUCCAGCGGUUCUAUGUGGCCACGUCGCGCCAGCUGAAGAGGCUGGAGUCAGUCAGCCGCUCGCCCAUCUACUCACACUUCUCCGAGACCAUCACCGGCUCCAGCGUGAUCCGUGCCUACGGCCGGGAGAACAGUUUCAUCGUCCUCAACGACAUCAAGGUGGACGCCAACCAGAAGACCUACUAUCCCGGCAUCGUGUCCAACAGGUGGCUGGGAAUCCGCAUUGAGUUCAUCGGCAACUGUAUCGUGCUGUUUGCCGCUCUGUUUGCCGUGAUCGGCCGCGCCCACCUCAACGCUGGGAUCGUGGGUCUGUCCGUGUCCUACGCACUGCAGGUCACCAUGUCCUUAAACUGGAUGGUGAGGAUGACCUCUGACCUGGAGUCCAACAUUGUGGCCGUGGAGAGAGUGAAGGAGUAUUCUGAAUCGCCCACUGAGGCCCCCUGGGUAAUCGAGCAAAAUCGCCCGGCCCAGUCCUGGCCAGAGACGGGCAACGUGAGGUUCAACAAUUACAGCGUGCGUUACCGCGAGGGACUCGACCUGGUGCUGAAGGACCUGGACCUGAGCAUCAGCGGCGGAGAGAAGGUUGGCAUUGUUGGGCGGACAGGAGCAGGCAAGUCCUCCAUGACUCUCUGCCUCUUCAGAAUCAUCGAGGCAGCAAAUGGCGGGAUCGCUAUUGACGGUGUAAAUAUCGCUGACAUCGGACUCCACGACCUUCGCUCCAAGCUCACCAUCAUCCCCCAGGACCCCGUGCUCUUCUCUGGCAGCUUGAGGAUGAACCUGGACCCCUUUGACCGCUACUCGGAUGAUGAGGUGUGGAGCUCGCUGGAACUCUCUCACCUCAAACAGUUUGUGAAGGGUCUGCCAACGGGGCUGGAACACGAAUGCUCUGAGGGAGGAGAGAACCUCAGUGUAGGACAGAGGCAGCUGGUGUGUCUGGCCAGAGCGCUCCUCAGGAAGACUCGGAUUCUCGUCCUGGACGAGGCCACUGCUGCCGUCGACCUGGAGACAGAUGACCUGAUUCAGUCGACCAUUCGCACAGAGUUUGACAACUGCACCGUCCUCACCAUUGCUCAUCGCCUGAACACAAUCAUGGAUUACAACAGGGUGUUGGUGCUGGAUAAUGGGAGGGUCGCAGAGUUUGACUCUCCCACCCAACUCAUGGCGCAGAAAGGAAUCUUCUACAGCAUGGCCAAAGAUGCUGGGCUGACGUAACCAAAGCCCUGAGAGCGAUGCAGAUGGAGAUGCACAGCCUUCACUCGUGCCUUCACACUCCACAGACUGCUGCUGAAAAUGGAGAAUGUUGCCACUCUGGUACAUGUUACUUGGGCAGGUUUAAACAAACAAUUACUGAGAGGCGUUCUUUCUAUUUUUGUACUUGAUGGAUGUAUUUAUAUGUUAAGCAUUUAUUUUAAAGUACAGGAUUUUGAAUUAUUUUGUAACUCUAGCAGUGAACAGUGACAGCUGCAAUAUAUAAUCCAAGCAGGCAGCAAGUGGUUUCAAUAAAACACACUUUUGCUACA